GGUUUUGGCUGUGCUGACGGAUUUCGGGGUGUGCGUGGUCCGAGUGGGCGGCGGGGUCGUGUGUGUGGGCUGUGUUCCCGUGAUGGGGACGUGCGGGGAUGGAAACGAGGAGCCCGUAGGUCUGGCCGUGGCGGGGGAAGUAGGAGUCUCCGGGUAUGUUGGGCUGAGGAGUCGGUGGGUAGUGGGUGUCACGGAGGACGUGGUAGAGGGUGCCCUGUGGGUGGACAGGGUGUUUUUGGGGCCUGAUGGGGUGGGUAAUGCUGUGGUCGUCCGGAAAGAAGUCCCCGAGGGGGGACCUGUCGUGUGGGCGGUGUUGGGGACAAGGGUCGUGUGUGCGGAGUGAGACGUGUGCGGAGUGUGUCGUUUGCUGGUGGACUCUGUGGCCGUGGCAGUGUGAGUCACGGACGUCACGGUUCCCGUGGCCGUUGGUUGGUGGGAGACCGUGGGCUUGGGGGCAGAGGAGGUUUCAUGGUGGAUGGGUGCGGAAGGGUAGGUCGCUCUGGACGUGGAGGUUUUGGCUGUGCUGACGGAGUUCGGGGGGUGCGUGGUCCGAGUGAGUGGCGGGGUCGUGUGCGUGGGCUGUGUGCCCGUGAUGGGGACGUGUGGGGAUGGAGACGAGGAGACCGUGUGUCUGGCCGUGGAGGGGGAAUUAGGGGUCUCCGUGUGCGUUGCGGUGAUGAGUCGGUGGGUAGUGGGAGUCACGGAGGACGUGGUAGAGGGGGCAGCGUGGGUGGAGACGGUGGUCUCGGGGCGCGAUGGGGUGGCUAAGGCGGUGGUCGUCCGGAAGGAAGUUCCCGAGGGGGGACCUGUCGUGUGGGCUGUGUUGGGGACAGGGGUCGUUUGUGCGGAGUGCGUCGUAUGUGGCGUGUGUCGCCUGCUGGUGGACUCUGUGGCCGUGGCAGUGUGAGUCACGGACGUCACGGUUCCCGUGGCUGGUGGUUGGUGGGAGACGGUGGGCUUGGGGGCAGAAGAGGUUUCAUGGUGGAUGGGUGCGGAAGGGUAGGUCUCCCAGGACGUGGAGGUUUUGGCUGUGCUGAUGGAGUUCGGGGUGUGCGUGGUCCGAGUGAGUGGCGGGGUCGUGUGUGUGGGCUGUGUGCCCGUGAUGGGGACGUGCGGGGACGGAGACGAGGAGCCCGUGGGUCUGGCCGUGGCGGGGGAAGUAGGAGUCUCCGGGUAUGUUGGGCUGAGGAGUCGGUGGGUAGUGGGCGUCACGGAGGACGUUGUAGAGGGUGCCCUGUGGGUAGACAGGGUGGUUUUGGGGCCUGAUGGGGUGGGUAAUGCUGUGGUCGUCCGGAAGGAAGUCCCCGAGUGGGGACCUGUCGUGUGGGUGCUGUUGGGGACAGGGGUCGUUUGCGCGGAGUGCGUCGUAUGCGGCGUGUGUCGCUUGCUGGUGGACUCCAUGGCCGUGGCAGUGUGAGUCACGGACGUCACGGUUCCCGUGGCCGGUGGUUGGUGGGAGACGGUGGGCUUGGUGGCAGACGAGGUUUCAUGGUUGUUGGGUACGGAAGGGUAGGUCUCCCAGGACGUGGAGGUUUUGGCUGUGCUGACGGAGUUCGGGGUGUGCGUGGUCCGAGUGAGUGGCGGGGUCGUGUGCGUGGGCUGUGUGCCCGUGAUGGGGACGUGCGGGGACGGAGACGAGGAGCCCGUGGGUCUGGCCGUGGCGGGGGAAGUAGGAGUCUCCGGGUAUGUUGGGCUGAGGAGUCGGUGGGUAGUGGGCGUCACGGAGGAUGUGGUAGAGGGUGCCCUGUGGGUGGACAGGGUGGUUUUGGGGCCUGAUGGGGUGGGUAAUGCUGUGGUCGUCCGGAAAGAAGUCCCCGAGGGGGGACCUGUCGUGUGGGCGGUGUUGGGGACAAGGGUCGUUUGUGCGGAGUGAGACGUGUGCGGAGUGUGUCGUUUGCUGGUGGACUCCGUGGCCGUGGCGGUGUGAGUCACGGAGGUCAGGGUUUCUGUGGCCGUUGGUUGGUGGGAGACGCUGGGCUUGGGGGCCGAAGAGGUUUCAUGGUGGAUGGGUGCGGAAGGGUAGGUCUCUCUGGACGUGGAGGUUUUGGCUGUGCUGACGGAAUUCGGGGGGUGCGUGGUCCGAGUGAGUGGCGGGGUCGUGUGCGUGGGCUGUGUGCCCGUGAUGGGGACAUGCGGGGACGGAGACGAGGAGCCCGUGGGUCUGGUAGAGGUGGAGGGGGGUGUAGGGGUCUCCGGGUGCGUUGGGGUGAGGAGUCGGUGGGUAGUGGGAGUCACGGAGGACGUGGUAGAGGGGGCAGCGUGGCUGGAGAGGGUGGUCUCAGGGCGCGAUGGGGUGGGUAAGGCUGUGGUCGUCCGGAAGGACGUCCCCGAGGGGGGACCUGUCGUGUGUGCGCUGUUGGGGACAGGGGGCAUGGAUGUGGAUUGUGAAGUCAGGGCUCCGUGUGGCUUGCUUGGAGUGGCUUCUCCUUGUGUGGUCCUGAAGGCCGUGUGUGUCGAGUGCUGUGUGGGGCUCGUUUGGUUGUUACUGUUGCUGCUCGUGCUCUCCUGUGACGACGUUCCUUCUGUGUGUUGUGUCCGUGCAGUGUCAUGAGCGGUUGGGGUCCUCGUGUGCGUCGUGGCUGCUGUGGAAACAUUAUUUGUCAGUUUGUCCUGUUGCUUCUGAAUGCGCACUGGCGGUGCACGCUUCCUGUCCCCUGUGCCUGCCUAUGCCCUACUCUCCUGGGCUUCUCACAUCCCCGAUGGUGAUGGUCCAGGAGUUUUCGGAGUGUGUCUGUUCACGCAUUCUAACUGGUUUUUUUCGUUGUUUUUGUUACUCCUUUCAGCAUGGUUGUCACGUGCUCAUUGUGGUCCCUUCUGUAUGGCCCUUAGUGGUACCUGUGCCAUUCCGUAUUCUCAGGUUCUUCCUUUGGGUUGGGUUGGGCUUGUCCCCCGGCCAUCCCCUUUUUGUCCUGGGACGUGUGUUUCUCUCAAUGCCCUGGGAAGACUGGGGUUGUGUUGCCUUCUCUGAGGGUGUGGGGAGUGUGCUCUAGGUGCAUUGUGAGCUGUGGCAUGACUUUGGGUCUGUGGUCAUGUGGGAUGCGGUGGUUGCGGUGGGUUGGGGCUCUAGCGUCGUGGUCGUGGGAAGUUGGGUGGCAUGUCGCUGGUGCUGUGAGCUUGGGGUUGUGGCUUGGUGGUGCACCGCACAUUUUGGCCCAUUGUGGCCCAUGCAGCGCCAUGCCGGCCCCUACCGCUUUGGUGCGUUGCAGGCAUAUGAGCUUCUGCCCCUUUCUGGGGAUAGGCAUGAGGGUGUGCUUACUUGGUGGGGGUAGUGUAGAGGUCUCUGAAGUUUCUGGGGUCCGUGGGAAAGCCGUGCUGUGCUCUGUGGAGUGAGCUGUGGAUCGCGUCACUGAGCUGAGUGUGGAUGCUGUGGACUUCGUUGUGGCCCCUGUCACUGUGGGUCCUGUGGCCGUGGACUUGAGAGUAACCGUUGGGGCUGGUUCCGACGUGGGCCGUAGGGUGAUGGCAGGGAUGGUUCGAGGUGACUCUGCAGGGAGCAGUGCUCAGAACAUUCCUCCAGAGCUCGUGUACUUUCCCCCUGGACCCGGGCUCCCUGCCCCCCUGACCGCUGUAUGCUGUGGGAGGGUUGUGGCUGCCCCCGCAGACACCCCCAGCCGCCCGGGCUCAAGUGGUCUCGCUGCCGUUUUCCAGGACCCUGCGCUCACGGGGCCACCGCCUCUCCGUCCACCCACUGUUGGUAAUAGAAUAGAUGGCUUGUUCCCCUAUGGUUUCUGGGCUGCUGGAAGGGGUUCUGCUGGGUGGGACGGGGUGGGCUCCCAGGGGUUCUCUAGGUGACCUGUCCUACGUGUUUUUUCUCACUAGUGUCAGGCAGCCAAGAACGGUCCCAUUCUGUGACCAGUUAUCCUCAGAAAAAGGCUUUCAUGGAAACCAAGCCCUGGUCCGAAGCACGGGGGCUCUGUGGCACGAGUGAGCUCAGUGGCGCGUUCUGUCUGUGGGGAGGUGUGGGGCCCCGUCCCCCUGCCCUCACCUAAGCCCUGGUCAGACGUCUUGUUUCCCCAGGCUACCUGGGGCUGGGCGCUAUGGCGGGCCCCUUCCCCUCCGCCGCUCCCUCCGUGCAGAGCGGCCCCAGGGGCGGGCCAGACUCAGUCCCUGCCCCGUCCCACACCCGAUGUCUGGGGCCGCAGGGACGGCAGUGUCGGCGGCCAGGACCCUGGGCCCCGCAGUGCCCGAGAGACGCAGCCUGGGCUGGCCGGGGGCUGUCCCGCCGAGCCAGGGCAGGGCCGGCGUCGGCCUGCCUCACCGCGGCACCCAGUGUGUGCGAUCACCUGUGCUGGGCCUCGGCGUGCUGGGCGGCGGCGCUGUAAGGAGAGGAGCAGUCAGGGGCGCCGCCCCUCGCCCGGCCGAGGGCCCCGGGGUGAGCCGCCGUGGGGGGCCGGGCCCCUGCUCCUGGUCUGCACCCCCAUCUGUUCCCUGCCCCGUCCCCCCAUCAGCAGCGGCCCGGGGGACCUGGUGCUGAGUCCCCAGCAGGUCGUGUGCCCACACGUCCCAGCCCGCUGGUGCGGGGGAGGCGGGGGUCUGCCCUGUGGCUAGCGACCGGGGCGGAGCGUGGAGGCUGUUGCCUUUCCUGUUUCUGCUGCCCUGGCCCAGCUUGCCGGGGUUCCCAGGAGGCUCCGCACCCCAGGGCACAGCCCUGCAGACGGGGCUGCCAGGAAGGAGGCUGGAAGUGUGUGUGGGCUGGCAGCUCCUGCUGGAGGCUGGUGGGUGUGGGGGCUGGGUGGCCCGCGGAGCUUACUGCAAGGAACGCAGGUCCCCGUGCCGUGGUCGAAAUACUCGUGCUGGGAACAGUUGUAGCAGCCUGGAGAGGAGGGGCCCAGAAGGUGAUGGGGACGCCCCCGUUGCCCGGGCCUGGUCCCUCCGCUCUGUCCACCCCCAGCCCCCGCCCGUGCCCGAAGCCUGGGCGCAGGCGCUCCCUGCUUGGCCCGUACCUUCGGUGUUGGUGUCUGGGACGCUCUGUGGGUACCCGGGGCAGAGGCAUGGCUGGUAGUGCCACGUGCAGUCGGCCUCCUGGUCGUACUGGUACCCGCCGUCUCCCGGAGCGUGCGUGUUGUAGAAGUCGCAGUAGACAGCUGGGAGAAGGGGCUCCUGUCAGGCCCUCGGUGCGCGGGUCGUGGGGUCCGAACCCGCACCUGUGCCUGCCCCAGAGUGUGUGGUCCUAUGGACAGGGGCGGGGGGCACUCACGGCAGAAGUCCGGGGUCCUCCAGUCCACACACACGCCUUUGUCCAGGCAGGCCUUGGCGUAGGCGGCCACCGCGUCACACAGGCACUCACAGUCGCCGCUGGUGUCACAGCCACACGCGUCUCGCACACAGGCUUCGUAGUAGGGCAGAUGGUACACCUGUGAGAGCCGGCUGUCAGCGCCACCUGUGCCCAGUGCUGGGCGCUCGGGAGCCGGGCAGCCGGGCGCCGGGACAUGGGGAGUCGGGGGACGGGGAAGCCGGGAGCGGGGGCCGGGGCCGGGCACACCUGGCUGUGGCAGGCGGCGAAGGUAGGGCUGUUGAUGAUGCCGCACUUGCGCGUCGCCCAGCUGCGGCGGAAGGCGUUGAGGCUGCAGGGGUCCAGCGCGAGGCCCGCGUCCCCGCACAGCGGGCUGUCCUUCCACGAACUCACGAAUUCCAGUUCACUGGACGCCACGUAGUUGCUGCGCGUCUCGAAGUCGUCUUUCAUGUUCCCGUUGUAGUUGCCGCACAGGCCGCACAGGGCACCCUGUGGGGGUGCUGGCGUCAGGCCGGGCGCUGCCCCUGCCCGUGGGUGGACCCGGGCCCCGGGGCGGCGCCAGUACCUGGCUGCCGCGCGUGACGCUGAUGGAGACGGUCAUGCGUUUGUUCCAGAUGAGGGUCAGGUUGUAGCGGCUGCCGACGACGACGUCCAGCACCAGGUUCAGGGGGCUGGUGGCCACCCGCAGCCGCACGUGCGGGUCUUCCCCGUGGACCGUGUAGUUUCUGUCCGCCAGCACGACGGACACACCCUGUGGGGCGGGGCGGUCACGCGGCUGCCUGGCCCCCAGGCUUUGCGUCCCCUGCGCAAGUUCUCUGAGGCAGGUGGACCCCAUCUGUAAGGGAGCGCGUGGGCCAGGCCUGCCCGGGCCGGCUCUCUGCUGGGGGCCUGUCCUCUAGACACUGGGGUUGGCAGAAUGUUCCAGAAAAUGGUGGAAAAUGCACCAAGGGCUGAGGGUGAGGCUUCUGGGAGAAAACCUUCCCUUCGCACAGCUGUCCAGCCCCAGGAGACACGGCUGCCUGCCCUGCGGACGGGUGAUCUGGGGGCACCCAGAGGCUGGGACGUGGGGCUCUGGGGGCUGGGGUGCCCGGCCCACUCACCCCCAGGAAGAUCUUGAUGGCCCGGGAGCAGGUGACGCCCGACUUUCCACACACAACAUUCUCUGUCAGGACCGUGAAGCUGGGCUGCGAGUGGUCGGUCCCGCAGCCGUCCUGUGGGGACACAGGCGCUGAGGAGGGGCCCACCUGCUGGCCCCUGGGCCCCUGCUCCCAUGGCCUGGGCGGGCCUUACCGUGGCCAGGAUGUACCCACAGCUGCCAUCGAACAGGAAGCGCUGGCCGUCGAAGGUGACCACGUGGCCCUCCCCGUAGAGUGUGCAGGUGGAGGGGCAGCGGGCACUCUGCCAGCACGUCCACUGGCCCCCGGAGCAGGUGCUGUGGACGGAGGGGGCUGUCGGUGGCUGCACAUGCAUUCCCAUUGGACCAGGGCCUUGCUGGGGGGCCCAAGGGACAGGCCCAGGCCACCAGGGGCUCCGGGCAGGUGUGGCUUACCAUGUCUUACAGUCGGUGUGGAGCUCUGCGCCCCGGGGGUAGGAGACCCCCGCAAACUCGCACGGACAUUCCUCGGGGGGUACGCAGUGCCCGGUGGCGUUCUCGUAGAGCCCCUGGGCACAGACGCAGCCAGGCUCACACUUGGUGGGUACCUGCAGGGAGGGGUCAGUGGCCCUGGGAGGGUGGCUUUGCCGACGGCCGCCCUCUCCCCGGGCCCCUCUGAGACCCUUAGGGCUCCCCCCGGUCUGUUCCCUGCGCGCCCCCUGCUCCAGGCCUCGCUCUUAGCGGGGCCAUGAGGCACGUUCUGGUGCCUCUGUGUCACUCCUGAGCUGUUUUGUCCCCUCUCCAGGUGGUGGGGGCUUGGCCCACAGUCCUCAGGGGCUCCCUGACAUAAGCACACGCCCCCUCCAGCUCCUGGCUGCCAGGGCCCCUUCUGAACCUCUCAGUCCCGUUUGGGCACCAGCCACCCUCAUCACAGGGCGAUGGGGACAGGGGGACAGUGGGACAGCGGGCCUGGCCUCCCGGGGGGGUUUGUGAAAGUCUCUCCAGGGAGAGGCCCUGGGGGCGGCCUCCACGACCAACUGGCCAUCCCACCCAGCGGGGAGCACUCUCUGGGAAGCGCCGUGUGCCUCACUCAGCCCAGGCCUUACGCAGGGGGUGCCGGUGGCCAGCCUCUGACACGUGGGGGCACAGGCUGCCCCAAAUGUUCUCUCUGACGACUCGUCACAGGACUGGAAGAUCUUGGGGGCCGAGCAGGUAGCUGCAGGGAGGGGGGCAGAGCUGGGUGAGGGGCUCGGAGGGACCACCGCACCGGGCAGUCCAGGCCCCUGGCCUCAGGGCAGCUACAUACCCAGGAGCAGUUGUGGGCGCCCGGGGCAGCUCAGCCUGCCAUUGACACAGUAGCUGCAAGAGGGGGCCCUGUGAGCGCGCCAGCCGCGGGCUGGGGGCUGCAGGCAGGGGGGCCGGCCCCCCAGGGAGCCCCACGCUCACCAGAUGGCGCCGUUGACCAUGGUGGACUCGUCCGCCGGGAUGAGCUUGCUGCCGUCCAGGAGGCAGGGGCACUGGCCCUUGCGCACGCACUGGGCCUUGUGGUUGAGGUAGGUGCCCUCGGGGCAGGCGCAGCCGUCCAUGGGCACGGUGCUCGGGUGGCACUCGGCCGUGUGGUCCGACAGUGAUAGGCAUGUACGGCCGCAGGCCCUGAUGUUGUCGCCAAAUGUCUGGUUGCCCGUGCAGGGGGUGGCUGUGGGAGGACUGGGGGUCAGGCCCUCGGGGUGCUGGGUGGGGCCGGGCCGGUGUCUGCUAGCGCCCGCGCCACCCCUGCACCCUCCGGCACGCACUGCAGUUGACGCUGUCCCUCCAGCCCCGCAGGAGGCGGCCAUGGGUGGCACACGCGCGGGCGUAGUCACUCAGGGCGGCGCACACGUAGGGGAGGGUCUCCUCGUAGUUGCAAGCCUGGUACACGCACCUCUGCGGUGGACAUGGCAUGGUAGCUGGGUGUCCAGCCCCCAGCCCCCGCUGCCCGCCCCCCGGUGCCCUCCCUGGCCCGCGGGCCCUGCCCACCUUGUAGAAGGGCCUGGGGUUCACGGUGGCGUGGCAGCUCUGGAACACGGUGCUGUCCCUCACCAGCACCGAGCAGUGGGUCUCUGCACACACCUCUGCGGGUACGGGGCGGCGUGGGUGUCUCGCGUGCCCGGCCUGGGCCUCACGCCCACCCGCAGGCCUCCCAGGGCCCAGCACUCACUGUUGAGCUGGCUCAUGGAGCAGGGGUCUAUCUCGCGCUCCAGCGAGGCCGGGCAGUUCCCUGUCCGCCAAGAGUCCACGAAGAGCGGGGCGGUGCCCUCCACGAUGCCCGUGCUGGUCAUGAAGUCAUCCGUCGUGUCCCCAUUGAAGGUGCCACAGAGCCCUGCACCGGCCGGGCCGUGAGGGGGGCCAGCCUGCGCUCCUGCCCCACCCUGUACUCCGAAGCCCUUGUCUUCCCGUCACCAUGCCCGGGAAGGCUGUCCCUGGCCCCUCCGAGCCUGCGGUCAUGAGUGCUGGAUGUGAAGGACUGCGUUGGGCUCUUUCUGUGCUGUGGCCACGCUGGGCAGGGACGGGGAGGGGCUCACCUCUGGUCUGGCCUCUGAACUGGGGCCCGACAGUGACAUACGCCUGGAACACGGGCUCCAGCUGCACCACGAGCUCCAGCCCGAAGGUGGUGGUCAUCUGGAGGUGGGUGGACGUCUGCCUGAAGACCGUGAUGUUGCCUGGAGGGACAGGGGCUUAGGAAGCAGGCUGCUUUGGGGCCCGGCCCAGUGAGGUCGUAGGUGCUGGGCAGGGGCUGAGGACGUACGAGUCUUGUACGGUAGCCACUUGGUGUUCCCGCUGUUGGUGACGACCUCGUCCCGAGAAAUCACGAUUUUGUCCUAGAGAGAGGGUGGCUUGAGUCACGGGGGUGCCGAGAACAGGGGGAGGCCUCCCCUCCUGCCGGCCCGGCGGGACACAGUGGGGAGGGGCCCGAGGCGGCGUGGCGGGGUGGCCUUACUUCUCCGGACAUGUAGAUGACGGCGGCUAGGGCGGUCUCCGAGUGAGAGUAUCCAGACUUUUCGUACGAGGCCACGAGGAAGCCCCCAUCAGGGAGCUGCGGGCUCUGGAGGGGGGUGGUGAGGCUUAGUCCAGGGGUCUGGGGGUGCUUCUCGUGACCUCCCCCCCACCCCGGGAGCCACGUGUCCCACCUGGAGGAGGAUGUAGGUGCAGGCGCCGUGGAAGCGAUACGGCCGGGCGUCGAAUGUGGUGACGAAGGAGCUGCCUUCCAGGGAGCAGCGCCCAGGGCAGGGCCGCUCUGUGCACACCCAGUGGCCCAGGGAGCAGCGGCUGCAGGCAGGGACUGGCUUACCCAGACGGCACCCCCCAGACGCUGCUGGGCCGAGGCUGCCCAGGACCCCCCGUGACCCCUCCCUCCCUCCUGCCUUUGCCCUUACCACGUCCGGCAGGCGGCUGUCACCACUUCCCCGGGGGCGUGGGCCACGCCGUGGAGCAUGCAGGGACACUGGGCAACCGGCACACAGGUAUGGUUUUUGGAGACGUCAUCCAGAACCGUACCUGUAGGACACAGGUUUCCUGGGCCCGUGGCUCGGUGCCCUCCCACCAGCCCCGGCCCUUGCAGCUUCACGCCCCCAAGCCACUGUGCCCAGACCCACACGCUGCCCCUAGUUGGGUCAAGUCCCACGUCUUCCAGGGCCACCCAUCUCUGCCCUGCUGCAGGGCCUUCCCUCCCCUGGGGUGAGUCGGGCCUGGCUCUGACGUGUUGGAGUUGGGUCGGGGCCUCCCCUCUGUCUCUAGGUGAGUUCCGAGGGGUCCCGGGGCUGCGGUUGCCCUGACCUUGAGGACAGAAGCAGCCGAAGGUGCAGAAGCUAGAGCAGGUGUGCUGAGGGUUGGAGCAGGUCCUGGCGCAGGCCGCGCCGCACUCCUGGUACACCUGGUUGGCCGGGCACAGGCCCACGGCUGUAGGCACACAGGGGCUCUGAGACAGGGCCCCGGGCGGGGGGGGGGCGGGGGGCAGGGCCCCCGGCCGCCUGCCCUGCCCCCUCCCCAGUCUCCUUCCAGCUCCCAGGCAAGGUUCCUGGCCCUCCCCGCCGCCGGCCCCAGGACUCACAGCAGAGGCCGGGGCGCCGCCAGUGGCUGACGGGCUGGCCGGCCAUGCUGCAGCGGCGUGAGUACUCGGACAGCGAGGCACAGGCGCAGUCCCGCCGGCCCCGCGGCGCGCACUCGGCCAUGUCCGUCUGGCAGCUCCGCACGAAAGGCUCUUUGGGCACGCUGCACUCGGGGGCCACCUGGGUCAGCAGCUGGGCGCAAGUCUGGGCCUGGCCAGAGGACCACGCGGGGUCACGGGGGUCGGGGCCGCCUCCCAUGCAGGCGGGAGACCCUGCCCCACCCUGGGGGCCAGCCACAAGCACCGACCUCCCCACCCCCCGCCCCCCGCCGGCCCGUGGCUCAGGGGCCCCUGCGGCCUGACGUACAUGCUCUGCCUGUGGGGCCUGGGGCCUGGGCACCGGCAUGGAGGUGCAGAUCUCGUUGGGGUCGUCCAGCCUCUGGAGGGCGGCGUACGUGUGGGGUUCCAGUGGUUUGCCUGGGGAGGGGUUGGGUGCGGUCAGCACCGCGGCUGGGGCCGCGGGGGCUCUGGGCCCGGCCCCCACCUACCUUCCUCGCUCAGGAACUCGUCCGUCCGCUUGCCGUUGAAGUCCCCGCAGAGACCACACAGCUUGCCCAUGUGCCGCUUCUCUACCAGCACCUGCGGGCGGGCGGGCAGUGCUGUCAGAGCGCCCCGGGAACUUGCCCAGCAAGGUGCCUAGAGCCACCGUCGGAGCCCAGGCCCACGGCCAGACUCGGGACCCCAGCCUCCCCGACGGCCGGUGUCCUCACCAGCAGGUGACUGCCUGGGCCCCACGUGACCACAAGCUCCAGCUCGAGCUGCUUGGCCACCAGCUGCACGCUCUGGCCGAACGGUGUGAUCUGGAGCCCGGUGCUGCUGUAGGGUAGGCUGACGACCCUGCGGGGGCACAGUGGUCAGGGGCCACCCCCUUGGCUCCCAGCCUCCCAGCCCAGCCACGUGGCCUACCCCACAUCCUUCACGGAGAUGACCUCCUUCUGCACGGUGACCGCGGAGGCGCCCAGCUCCACAAUGAUCCGGGAGAUGUUCCCGCUGGGCCCACGCCGUAGCUGGACACUGAAGGUGGGUGAUGUGUCCUCGCAGGUGGCCGCAAAGACGUAGUUGCAGGUCCCCAGGAAGUCAUACACGUGGCCGUCGAACGUGGAGAAGUGGCCGGCCCCCCAGGUGGAGCACCAGCCCUUGUCCGGAGCUGUGGAGAUCGUGGGCAGCGUCUUGGAGCCCUGUGUCCCCCCCCCCCCCCCCCGCCGACUGGUGGGGCAGGUGUGGGAGUCCUCACCCCACGAGCUGGGCCCUUGGGGAGUUCAUGCUCGUUUCCCAAGUUCCAGGCACUCCGGGUUGGGUGGGAAAGAGCCUCUUCCCCUAGGGCGAGCCCUGUUGCAGGCGGGGUCUGCUCCCCACCCCCAGGCCUUACAGGGGCUCAGCCGCUGCCCUGCCUGGGGUCUGUGGGAUGCCUGUGGCAGCUCGUCUCCUGCCCAGGGCCCCCCACCCUCCGGGAAGCCCGGCUAGUUUUCCUUCUGGGCGAGGGGCCGCUGGAGUUGCUGGAGUUGCCUCAUGGAAAGCCCCAGCCAUGGCCACUCCGUGGUAGGGCCGCGGCACAGGGGCUCUGCGUGACUCUGGAGGACGGGAAGCUGCCUGUGGCCCUCACCUGUGGGUGGGGAGUCCUGCAGCCUCCGGAGGUCUGGGCGCACAGAGGAGGUUUUGUUUAGACCUGUGUGGACAGGGGCUGUGGUCAGCGCUGGGACCGCCUGCUUCUGCCCUGCCCGCGGUGUGCAGCGUGUGGGCCCGGAGCCAAGGGGUGGGGAGGGCGGCGUUGGCCGUGGGGCUGACCCGGCUCCGGCUGUGCCCUUCGCCCUCUCACUGGCUGGGUUCAGCGCCUCAGCUGUGGAGAGCUGGGCCCAUCUGCGAGCCCAGAAUGGCAGGGCGUGGGGCCUGGGGGGGGAGGGGUCGGCAAUUGCUGGUGGAGGGGUGAGAGGCCCCUGGGCGGCGGGGGAGAGGGUGAGCCUCUGUGUCCCCAUCGGCCAGUCCUCUGGGUGGAGUUGGGGGAGGAGCCCUGGGCCCGCUGCACGCCCUACUCUGCCGGCCCAAGCACAACUGGCUGUGACACAGAGCGGCCCCUCCUGCCCCCUGCCCCCGCCCCCCGCCCAUGUAGGACAGACCGGCAGCCUCGACAGCCCGGGCUCCAGGGGUCUGUGGUUCUUGUGGACCGCAGGUGGGAGGGGCCCUGCUCGGGGAGGGGCCUGGCGGGCUUUGAGCAAGAGGCCACGGGAGACCUGGGGAUAGGUGUGCGGCCACCUGACAGCACAGGGCUGGGGUUGGCGUGCGGCUGUCCAAGCUGUCCUUCUGUCUGGCUGCACCCCACCCCCCGAGUUCCCAGGAUGAGGUCUGAGCCUCCCCCGUGGAUGUCUCCCUCUAUCGGGCUCUGAAAGUGGCUGUUUAACCGCUUCCUCCUUCCUAGACAGUCCUGGGAGCGAGUUGACCGCUGCCAGAGAAGCGGCCGGGCGGCGUCAGUCCCGUGACUGCAGAGGUGGGAGUCAUGACUUCACUGGUGACUCGAGGGCGGCCGGAGAGGGGAGCACUUGCCCGUGGGUCACUGCCUCCUCCCCCUCCUCCCGGCCUCACUGUGGUCCUGGCGCUCCCACCCUGCAGACCUGCGCGGGGCCCCCGGUUCGGCCAUGACUCCCACCUGGCCCUCGGGGGUCCUGACCCUGCCCGCUCCCCACUCUGCUCGGCGGCGUUUUGGGGUCUCUGGGUGACGUCAGGGAACAGGGCGAGUAGCCGGCUGCCAAGGGGGUCCCGGGGGGGCGGGGGGCACACAGGCUUCCAGCGGGCCAGUGACCCUUGCCCUUGUGCCCCUCCCCGCCAUGGGUGCGCCACGUGGGUCCCUGUCUCUGCCCGUCCUCAGCUCACGACCCGCCCCCAGGACACUUCCUGCGGCCUCCACCGCCCGCCCCCAGUGGCUUCACUGCUCCACUUGCAGUGGCUCCUCUGCCGGCUUUCCAGGCACCAGCCUCACGCUUGUGUGUCUCCUGCUGUCAGAACGCUGCCGGCCCCUGCCCGGGCCCCUGCCGGCAGCGGCGCUCCAGGGACCAGCCAAGGGACUCUGUGUACCUCCCGCUCGGAAUGUCAGGACAAGUGCAGAGUCCCUGGCCCCAUGGGGCCUGCAAGGUGGCCUGGUCCGCCUCCUCCAGCCCUUCCCAGCCCCGGGACAGGCCAGCGACUGCCGGAGCUUGCGCUGUUCCCCCUGUGCGCUUGGCUGCCCUGCCUGCCCUGGCCGGUGGGCUCUGCCCUCCACCUGCCUCAAGCUCCAGGUCCCCCGGGGCUCUUGCAUCUGAACUCAUGCUUUCGGAGCCUCUGGUUCAGGGGGCAGAGCCCACCAGUCCUCAAAGGGCGCUGGCAGAUAUGUGGCCGCACCCUGGCCGUCCCCCUCCGCUGCAGGGCCCUGGCCGUCCCCUUCCACCGCAGGUACAGCCGGACCCCCACGGCCCAGCCAUGCUGCAGCCCCUUGCCACACCAGUACCCCACCCCGGCAGGCUUCCAGGGGCCUCCCUUCUUGUCCUGCUUCUGGGUCCAGGUCUCAGAGGGACAGGCCCAGGCCCGGCCCAAGUCCUGAGUGUUCAGAGCCACAGGCUUCGUGGGAGCGAAGGGGUGGGGCAGGCCCAGGGGAAACCCACUCGGCUCAGCCGUUCAUAGCCCAGCCCCAGUGGCUGGGUCUAGGCUGGGGAGCAGGCUUGGGGGCCAAGGCUCUGGGGCCACCGAGGAGGGGGCAGUAGGGAAGCAUUGUGGAGACGGGAGAGACACGUCCUACUGGGCUCUCGGGCAGAAUAGAGAAGACGCAGAGGGCUUGGUGCCUGCCGUCAGCGAGGAGGGGCUGUUCCCUGGCCCACCGUGGGACCCCUUGGGGCUGGCUGCCUCCCAUGCUUGGGGAUGCUUGGGGCCUGGGGUGGUAGCAGAAGGCACCAGUGGGUUGGGGGACGGGAGGGGAGAGCGGAUGCUGCUCUGUGGGCAAGACCCGGUGGGCGCUGGGAGGGGCGGUCCCUUCUGAACCUCGUAAAACGGUGGGGGUCCUGGGCCCUCCCGUGUGUUCCUUCGGCCCUUUUGUUUAAUCCUGUGGUAGCCACGUGAGGGGCAGCUUUCCUCCACUGUUACAGAUGCGGAAGGUGCGGCCCCUGCCCCGCCCCGUCCCUCCUACAGCCCUCCCAGGGCCCAGUGGGGAGAGGGACGCAGUGGGCUCUGGGUGUGGGCCCCCAGCACGCCCCUGGCCCACACACUCACUGGCGCUGAGGGAACUGUAUGUCCCCGAGGAAUGUCUGCCCGCCACAGCCCAGCAUCGUGCCUCCCUGGCCGCUAUGCCCAGGGCGGAGGUAAGCGGCAGCCUGGGCACAGGCUGGGCUGGGCUGGGCUCGAGACCCCGGCCUUGGCCAUGUGGGAUGGCUACAGGGCAGGGAGGGGCCUGUCGUCCAUCAGCUGCCUGGAGGCCAGCCCGACUCCGGCCCCGUCCGUGAGGCAACAAGGAACCCUCUGAGGGCUUCUGUCCCCCUAGAGUGUGGCCUGUGGGCCCCCACUCACCAGUGCCGAGCAGGGCCCCCCCAUAGGACAGGAGCAGCAGCAGCCGAGCCCCGAGCAUGACGGCGGAGAAGAGAGGUCACCACUGGCCCUGGCCCCUGCCGCAGCAGGACAACGGGCAGGCUUGUGUGAGCUCCGCCGGCCAGAGAGGCCGGCCCUCGAUGCCUUAUGUAGGGGCUGCAGUCCCGGCCCUGGCCGCACCCACGGGGCGCACUGGUGCCAAGCAGGAUCUUGGGCUCUGUGUUAUCAGGACUUGGCCUUUGGAAAGGUCCUCGGGGGGCAGUUGCCGCAUCAUCACGGGCCUCCGGGCAGCGGUUGGCACAGGCCCUCCAGAGCCCUGCAGACAUGUCCUGGGUUUGCUCCAGGCUGGCAUGGCCGGGGCCAUCCUGGGGGCGAGAAGAUCUGUGUGGGCAUGUCAGCCGUAGCUUGGGGCCGAGGGGCAUUUGUCCAGGGUAUGUGAUUGAGGCCCCUGGGCACCCCUCUGCCCCUGUGGGGGGAGCCCAGAGUGCCGGGACAGCUCCUGGGUUGAGCUCUACCCUCCCUCAGACCCUAGGGCCCUUAGAGGUGCCCAUAUGCUGGGCCUUACCCCACCUGGAGGAGGGGCACCCUCAUGGGAGGACUCCCCGAGAGGGGAAGCCGAUGCAGAGUGCCCUUGGGGGUGAGGUUCCAGGGUGAGGCUGAUGGCACAGCCAAGGGCAGGGCUGGCCGGGAGCGUUGAGAGUCGCGCUGUACCCAGAAGCGCCCCCCAGUAUGGUUUUCUGACCCUCAGGGCUCUGAGCUGCUCGUGGGCACAGGAGAGGGAUGCAGUGGCCUGGGGGGCUGGCGUCCUGUCUGGGAGGACAUCUCUGUGGAGGCUGGGUGCCAGCCUCAGGGUGCCGACCUCCCGGGUGGAGGAGCAGGGGUGUGCCUGCCACCCCCGGGAGAAGAACAUGGUUCCUGGGGGACAGAAUCUCGGGGAGCAGGGAGUGGGCAGGACACAUGCCAGCAUCAUGAGGGGUCAGGGUGAAACCCAGGAUGAGAGACAUGAUCAGGGCAAAGUCAAGAUCACAGUCAAGGUGAGGUCAGGAAGAAGGUCAAGAUCGGGGAGCGUUACGGUCAGAGUGAGCUGAGGUCAGCAGGUGUGAGUGUCUCAGAUCUUGUGGGAUCCUCUCGUAGGUGGGGAGCAGGUGUGGGUCUGGUGACUCUGCGGCAGGCUGGUCCUAAGUGGGAGCCUCUUUGGGACCCUGUGUGAGAGUUUGGGGCCCUGGUCCAGGGGUUCCCCCUUUCCUGAGGUUCUGGCCCCAUGGAGACUUGGGGUGCAGGAACCCCCCGGGCUGGGAAGGCUGCGCCCUGCCUCACAGGCCCCCUCCCCCCAGAGCCCCAGCCACAAACAGUAGAUGCCCUGUGUUUACCUUAAAUAAACUUUAGGUUUUUUUUUUUUAAACACUAUUUAUUUGAGAGAGAGAGCAUGAGCGAGGAGAAG